AACAACAGGCACCAUGGGCGUAGCAUCGGACGGCUACGGCUGGCGCGCGCGCAUCGCCGCCAUGCGUGAGUCGCGGAAACUGGUGCUUGUCAUCGUUGCCAUCGCGCUUCUACUGGACAAUAUGCUGCUCACCACCGUCGUGCCCAUCAUCCCGGAGUUUCUCUACGACAUCCGCCACCCCGACGCGCCCCUCUCUAUGUCACUGGAUGAGAUCACCACCCCCCCACCGCCGCCUACACCGUUCUGCCCCUGUGAGAGAAACGUCACCUACCCGCCACUGGAAAAUGUCACUCAAGUCAACAUCACAGCCGAGAAAGAGGCCAGACACCAAGAGCUGAUCCACGAAACGGUAGCAGUGGGCGUCAUGUUCGCCAGCAAGGCGCUCGUGCAACUGCUGGCCAAUCCCUUCGUCGGACCUCUAACUCAUAGAAUCGGCUACAGCAUCCCCAUGUUCACCGGUUUCAUCCUGAUGUUCCUGUCUACCUUGAUCUUCGCGUUCGGCCGUUCCUAUGGUGUGCUGUUCGUGGCCAGAGCACUCCAAGGCAUUGGUUCCUCCUGCUCCUCCGUGUCCGGGAUGGGAAUGUUGGCUGAAAGAUACCCUGACGAUAAGGAGCGUGGUAACGCAAUGGGGAUAGCUCUCGGAGGUCUGGCGUUGGGAGUGCUCAUCGGCCCCCCAUUCGGAGGCCUGAUGUACGAAUUCGUUGGGAAAACUGCACCGUUUUUGAUGCUGUCGGCUCUAGCUUUGGGAGAUGGAUUGCUUCAACUGAUGAUCCUGCAGCCGGGCGUGGUCCGCCAAGAGUCGGAUCCGCCUUCUCUUAAGGAGCUGGUCUGCGACCCUUACAUCCUCGUCGCUGCUGGAGCAAUCACGUUCGCCAACGUCGGCAUUGCAAUGCUGGAGCCCAGUCUCCCCAUCUGGAUGGCUGACACCAUGGAGGCCCGUCGCUGGCAGCAAGGAGUGGCUUUCCUGCCCGCUAGCAUCUGCUAUCUGAUUGGAACCAACCUCUUCGGACCUCUCGGCCACAAGAUGGGCCGCUGGUUGGCCGCCUGCUCUGGACUGCUCAUCAUUGGAAUCUGCCUCAUAUUGGUAUGUCAAAACCACUAG